AUGCCACACCUGCAUGUCCCCGCCACGUUUUCCGCGCGCGAUCAUCCAGUGAGUUGUGCCCACGGCCAUACUAACUUGCUUUUAAGAAGCAUGGAUCACACCCAUCUACUUCCCGAUCAAUCUCACGCCCUCGAUCUUCUGUCUGUCGCUAUCAGUAUGGCCGCGCUGGUGGCGUUGAUGCGGUCCUGCAUUGAGAGCUUCAAGUCUACCUCAACUUCUCGGGAUUUUGGAGAGAAAUAUGAACUUUUGUGCACUGAAUUGUCCAUCCAAUGGCUCCGAUUGCGUCUGUGGGGUGAAUCUAUGGGACUUCACUUUGAUGACGAAGGCCACCUCAAGGAAUCACUGGUCACUAGGUCUGAUAUAGACCCAAUAGUGACGAGAUGUCUGAAUACCAUUGCGUUUUUGUUGAACGAAAUUGAAAUCAUUCGGCGGGGCUAUGAACUCAAGCCACCCCUUGAGCUUAUUAUACCGGAGAGCUGCCAGAGCACUGAGAAUUCGAUCAAUCCCUUGAAGCUCCUCGAGAGGCGAUCCACUACCUCGCAGAUCACCACCUUGUACCAGCGCAUGAAGGAAAAUCAAAAGCAGAAAUCGCUCAUUGCUAUCACCAAAUGGAUGUACUUAGAUGCAAAGAGGUUUGAUGAGAAAGUAAAGAAGCUGAAAGGAUUGAUUGACGGUUUGGAAGGUGUAUCGAGAACUGCUGGUGUCACUCGACAGAUAGCAGCACAUACUCGGUCUCCCACGGUGCGUUUCGUCGAGAAUCCUCCCCCUUACUCUAUCAAUCCUCCACCUACACGAGCAGGAAACAGGAUAACUCCAAACACCACCACGCCUCGACGAGCGUUCAUCGCAACAAACCAAAGAGAACUCCCGAGGCAUUGCGAGAACCUGAACCGGCAUGUGAAACCAAAUUCGAAUCACGAGGAAGCUAGGAGAGCCAGGACACAACAGAGGCUACUCAAACUUACAGACACACAUCUGUACGAACUCCGGAUCGACGUGCAUGACGAAAUGUGCCGUCGAGAGCAAGAAAUAGCUCCUGCUUUUCUUCCAGAGAACGUAUCAUACCACCCAAAGCGGAACUACGCCCGAAAAAGGAUAUCUACAUUACCCCCUCAUCGCUUUCGAGAUCUCGCCGAGGACUUGGUGUUCGAAUUGGAACGGAGGUUCCCCUCUCUGUGGUCACAAACCGUCGAAUCAGAACCAGUUGUGCACUUGCCAGACCCAUUCUCAAUACCAAGAACUGCAGUAACUCGCAGAUACGGCUGUGUUCUGCCGCCAAACGUGCCACCGCCCCUUCUCCGGUACCAGGCUGCUCAAAAUGGGACAGCAUUGAGCCAUGUUCAUAUAUCUCCACUUUCUGAAUUGAGACCAUCCCUGCCUUCGCGCUUCAGCCCAAGUUCCACGACCCUGGAACAAGUAGGAGGGCCAGCUCGAAGUAUAUCUAAAAAGGAGUCCAGCUCUUCGACAGAUGCAUCAGGUCCCGGCAGCCAUGCCAGCAUCAGUAUAUUCAAGCCUUUCCGUGUCAGCAAGGACGAUUCCACACGGAAAGUUCUCCCUGCUGCGUUGAGAAUGUAUGACAUCAACGCACCUUUGGAACAGUACUCGCUAUUCAUCACGCAUGGUAACAAGGAGCGAUGUUUAGGUAUGGACGAGAAGCCGUUGAUCUUGUUCAGGCAGCUAUGUGAGGAUGGCGAGAGGCCGGUGUUCAUGCUGCGAAAGGUUGCCCCGGACGUGAUUGAAAUAUCCUAA